GUUUUUUGUGUGGAGAAAUGGUGGUCUGCGACCCCUUGCACCGGCGAUACAUCCUGGUUCCACCAAUCCCCGACGACCUAGCUGCUAUGGUUGCGAACCCGGGUCUCUCCGAAACUUUCCUGGUUCCCCGGGGAGGUGGCCAUGAUGACGAGGCAGCAGCUGAGGAAGAGACAUCAUUCAGAGUCAUGGGUAUGGUGUACUGCGAAGCUAACAUCAUCUCCUUUGUAUUUUCUUCCAGCACCAGACAAUGGCGAGCCGCUGCAUCCCGUAGUUGGAUCGAUUUGUUAGCUGGCUUGUUAUGGUCGCUAGAGGAGAGACUCUUCUGCUGGCGCCGGCGCCAAUACGUGUAUGGCUGCUUUUACUGGAUUCCAGACUGGGAGUAUGAAAUGAAAAUGUUGGUGCUCGACACCCGGAGGAUGGAGUUCUCCUUUGCCGACCCCCCAUCCGAAGCCAAACAUGCAUCCAGUAAUGAUAUAACUAUGAUCGAAGCAGGAGAAGGCAAGCCUGGGAUGCUUAUCCGUGGAUAUGAGACAUCUGGUUGCAUUUAUACUAUUUGGAGAAACAAUGGUGGGAGUUCCAGCCAGUGGCGGAAGGAGAAGAAAAUCUCACCCUCAUUGGGCUGUGAGUACAUGGGCAACGGUUCAAUGGGGAAGUACUUGGUCCUGAAUCACUUGGGAAACUCAUCACUCGAGACAGGCUUAUACAUGUUGGACAUCAAAACAUUACAACUUGAGAGGGUGUGUGCUUCGAUAGUGCAUGGCUUUGCAUAUAGCAACUACCCACCAUCGUUGUCAUCACCGACAAUAUCAAGUGGUGUUGGAAACGGGGCUGAGGAGAUGGUGGAACAAGGCAGUGUUGCAAGCUCAAGCCCAGAGUUACCAUGAUCAGAGUAGUUCAGUUACCAUGAUCAAGGCAGUGUUACAACUGGACUAUUGACCGCUAAAUUGGUCUGUAAUAGGGUGUAUUUGGCUCUGUUUGUUUGUACUAUGGUCAUGCAGAAUGAAUGAAUCUGGAGUUUAUCAUGUGUGCAUGGUCUGUAGUAGUGUGCAUCGUCGUACCUGCAUCUGCGUAGUCAAUGUGAUUGUGAUCUUGUCGUAUGGCUUUGAAUCCCUGUACCUGCUAUUUGCUAGUACAACUGUAUGUGUUUGACAUGGAACUUGUCAUGUACUCUAUGUUGGAUUUCAGGUGAAA